AUGGUCUCAAUUGCCAACAUCGACGGAAUGAGACAUCAAAUGCGAGCAUGCAUUUCAAAGAGUGAACUUGUACCUGCAGGAAAACCAUUCUACUGUCUAAGCUCAGAGGACAUCCGCAAUACUGAAUGCUGCUACACAGAUGACUGCAACAGCAAGGACCUCCUGGUGCCCAAUGGUUAUACAAAAGUUCCUCCAUCAGGCUGGGGCCCAGUGGAACUUGUGGCUGUCAUAGCUGGCCCAAUGUUUCUCCUAGGUGUUAUCCUUAUUGUGGUGGUUCUGUUCCACUGUCACCAGCGAGUGUAUCACAACCGACAGAGGCUGGACUUGGAGGAUCCAUCAUGUGAAAUGUAUCUGGCUAAAGAUAAAACUCUUCCAGAUUUGAUCUAUGAUCUGUCCACAUCAGGUUCUGGCUCAGGACUACCGCUUUUUGUUCAGCGUACUGUAGCAAGGACAAUUGUCUUACAGGAAAUAAUUGGAAAGGGUCGCUUUGGUGAAGUAUGGCGUGGCAAGUGGAGAGGAGGCGAUGUAGCUGUCAAAAUAUUCUCUUCAAGGGAGGAGCGGUCAUGGUUCAGGGAAGCGGAGAUCUACCAGACUGUGAUGUUGCGGCAUGAGAAUAUAUUGGGAUUUAUUGCCGCAGAUAACAAAGACAAUGGAACAUGGACCCAGCUGUGGCUUGUCUCAGAUUACCAUGAACAUGGCUCACUGUUCGACUAUUUGAACCGAUACACAGUUACCAUUGAGGGGAUGAUAAAGCUUGCCCUCUCAGCAGCCAGUGGCCUUGCACACCUACAUAUGGAAAUUGUUGGAACUCAGGGAAAACCUGGAAUUGCUCACAGGGACCUCAAGUCUAAAAAUAUCCUGGUAAAGAAAAAUGGAGUGUGUGCAAUUGCUGAUUUAGGUCUUGCUGUGCGCCAUGACUCCCUGACUGAUACCAUAGACAUUGCCCCUAAUCAGAGAGUGGGGACCAAACGAUAUAUGGCUCCUGAGGUGCUGGAUGAAACUAUAAAUAUGAAACAUUUUGACUCAUUCAAAUGUGCUGACAUUUAUGCUCUGGGUUUAGUUUACUGGGAAAUCGCCCGUAGGUGCAGUGCCGGAGGUUUCCAUGAAGAAUAUCAGCUUCCAUACUAUGAUUUGGUACCGUCGGAUCCUUCUAUUGAAGAAAUGCGUAAAGUAGUAUGUGACCAGAAAUUACGGCCUAAUAUACCAAAUUGGUGGCAAAGUUAUGAGGCUCUUCGGGUGAUGGGGAAAAUGAUGAGAGAGUGUUGGUACGCCAAUGGAGCAGCUCGCUUGACAGCUCUGCGCAUUAAGAAAACACUGUCACAACUCAGUAUACAAGAAGAUGUGAAGAUCUGA